CAUAUUUUGCAGAAAAAUCUUCACCAGAUGCAUUAAAUGGUUUUUGAAGCAAAAUGUUGUGCAUAAGUUGUAAUAUUUAACAUUUUACACAACUGCUCACACUGGCAAGCUCCAUAGCACUGAGAAAAAUCAGCUAGGAAUGGAAGAGAUAUUACAUAAGAACGUCCCACCCCUUCCCGCAUAGUCAGCCUCAACACACACGUGCUACAACAGAUAGAGAACACGAGACCCAUCCAAAGAGAAUAAUUCGAACGGGGAGAAUUCCGCUGAGCAAGCACAAAACCGGAGCUAGAAUAUGUUCACUUGAUGAGCAAAAGAACCUUCCGUCUCCCAUCCAUCCAUCGCGCGGACCAGCAGCGGCCAGGGGUCCCGAACCACCACGUGGGGAGCAGCGGUAAAAUAUAUCGUCCUAAAAUAUAUCAUAUUGAAAGCUUUUCUAUUGCUUUUUCAUGUAUUCGCGCAUAUGUGUAGUGCUCUCAGUGGUUGUUGCCAUCUCAGUCCGGGCGGCGCAUUCGCUCUCGUUCUCGUCCCAACCCAACAUGAUGCUUCUGCUUCUGCUUUCUGAUGAAGGAACAAUAUUUUCCUACCCUUAUGCUUUGGGUCCCUAUGUUUAUGUACAUUAUAAUUGCCGGUCGGUCUGGUUCUCGUUCAGCAGCAGCAGUAGCAGCAGCAGCAUCAUCCCUUCGCUCUUCGAGACAGUGUGUGUGCGCCCCUGAAACGAUAUGUUCGUGAUUUUUUCUCUUCCCUUCCCAGUUGGACUGGGAAAACCACGUGGCGGCACUCGGUGAGGUGGAGGGUGGGCGCUGCAGCAUAGAACCUGCUCGUUGCUCAAAGCCUGGGUAUAGAUUCGAGCGCUGGCUUGCAAUCAAAAACAGUUUAGCAGCAGAUUUCGAGGAAACAAGUGGCUUCUGGCGCAGUUCUCUCUCCUCCCAUGCUGGUUGGAAUUAUAGGUGCAAAGUGUCCUGCCAAGAAGGACUUUGACUGAAUCGUGAGUGGAAUACAUUUGAAUCUAUUACACCUCCGGUGGUGGUGAACUAGUGCGCGACCAAGAUUGAGAAGGAUUUCGGUUAAAGUGGACAAUGACGAUGGACAUUCGACAGUCUCGGCUGAAUGUGAAAAUUAACGGACAUUGUGCGACAAGUGCUUGCGAUAGUGACGUGAGUGGAAUGGAAAUGGCUCAGACCAAGUUGGAUAAUUUCAGAACUGGAAAGAACCCCGGGAAACGGUCAUUUGAUGUGGCAUUCCUAAUGAUGCCGGACGAGAAGUUGAAAACCAAGCAAGUGAAGAAAGUUCAUUCGCCGACAAUUGAUGUGGAAAGUGAUUCGACCCAGUCCACACGGUCGGAAGAUUUGUCAGUGAAAAACGGAUUCAGCCCGAUUCGUCCGGUUGAGGAGAGGAAUUUCAACUUGGAUUUGCUCAGCCGACCUCGCCCACAAGAAGGAAGCCCACAUUCUAUCCCAGAUUUGAGCAAUGAACGGUUAGCUUACAUGCUACCCGGUGCAAGAUUCUACGAAAAUCCAAGCCUGAUGGCUUUCCGCGAAAAAGCCGCUGGCAACUUCCUGGACUCAGACCUUCCUCGGAGUGCAUUCUCCAAAGUAACCAGUAUCACCGUAUCAGACUCUCCCAUCCCUCCGCUAAGUCCCGAUCAACACAGUUGUCCGUCAACUAGCCCACCCAUCUCCAUCAGUCCUGGAGCUCCUGGAAACUUUCGCUACGAUUACCCAUUCAUGAACGGCAGUCCUCAAACUCCGCCGGACCUGACUCCACCUCCGCCAACCAAAACGAAGCAACAGAUGAUGUACCGACCUCCGAUGCCAGAUCCAGAACUCCCUCAAACCUACUUUCCAUCACCCCCGUUCAUGCCGUUUGGCCCAGGGGCACCCCCUGGACUACUCCCGGAAGUGGACGGAAUCAUCCGCAAUCCGGCAGCUGCCGCGAUCCUUUCAACGCUUUUGCCGACGGCAAUGGGAGCCUUCUCACUAUCAGCUCAGAAUACCUGCGCCAAGUGCAACAUCAGCUUCCGGAUGACGAGCGACCUGGUGUACCAUAUGCGAUCGCACCACAAGAACGACCACCAGCAGGAUCCGCAGCGAAGGAAACGUGAAGAAAAGCUCAAGUGUCCGGUGUGUAACGAGAGCUUCCGGGAGCGGCAUCACCUGACGAGGCACAUGACGGCGCACCAGGACAAGGCCGGUGAUUUGCUGGACCCGAAGAAGAGGACCGCGGAGCAACGGGCCGCUGCUGGGAGGUCAUAAGGCAGGUGGAAUCGCGGUAGGAUGUGUUAGACUUUUUAGUGAGUAGUGAUGUUACGUUACGUAGGUUCUAAUGUGAUUUGAUGGGUCGGUUGG